AUGUCGGCCACCGAAGGUGCGACGGCGCCCGAUACCAGUGCGGCUGCACAGGUGCUUGAUUUUACUCAGACGCCGCUGCAAGUAACGUCACCGACUGCACUGGACUACUUCUCCGCGAAUCCAUCGCGCCCCCAGGUCUACUUUGGCGACUACCUCUUGCUCCAGACGCUUGGAGAGGGCGAGUUUGGCAAGGUCAAGCUCGGUGUGCACCGCACAUGGGGCGAAGAAGCUGCGAUCAAGCUCAUCAAGCGUGACAAGGUCGCGGCAGCGGAAGAGCACGAAGCCGAAGCCGCCAAGAUGAGCAAGGUCGAGCGCGAAAUCCAUGUACUCAAGGAAUUGCGGCACCCCAACAUCGUUCAUCUCUACGAGGUAAUCGAGUCGGAGCGCUACAUUGGCAUCGUGCUCGAGUACGGCGCGGGCGGCGAACUAUUUGAUUAUAUCCUGGCACACAAAUGCCUCAAGGAACGCGAUGCAUGCCGUCUCUUUGCUCAGCUCAUCUCUGGUGUCUCGUACCUGCAUCGCAAAAAGAUUAUUCACCGCGACCUAAAACUGGAGAAUUUGCUGCUCGACCGUAAUCGCAACGUGAUCAUCACCGAUUUCGGUUUUGCCAACAACUUCAGCAUGCGUGAAAACGACCACAUGUCCACCUCGUGCGGCAGUCCGUGCUACGCUGCGCCCGAACUUGUCGUGCAAGACGGGAUGUAUGUCGGUGCGGCGGUCGAUGUAUGGUCCUGCGGCGUCAUCUUGUACGCCAUGCUCGCUGGCUAUUUGCCGUUUGACGACGACCCUGCAAAUCCCGACGGGGACAAUAUCAACCUGCUGUACAAAUAUAUCAUGGCCACGCCACUGACCUUCCCUGACUAUAUCGGCCCCCAGCCCCGUUCGCUUUUGCAGCGGAUGCUCGUGCCCGAUCCGAAACAGCGCGCGACACUAAGCGAAGUCAUGGAGCAUCCAUGGCUCGCGCCUUACCGCGAUCUCUUUUACUUUUCUGUACAGGAACUUGAGCGUGCGGCUGUUGAGCAGCAGGCCAAGAAACGCCAGGUGUAUCGGGAGCAGAUGCUAUACCAAGAGCGCCUCCUCAACGAGCAGUCUGCCCCAGCUGCUGAGCAUGCAGUUGUCGCGCAUGAUAUUCGCACGCCGAAUGUGACUGCGCCUGUAAAUGCUCCAAUUGUCCCCCCUGCUACUCCGGCAGCAGCACCGCUGGUGAUCCCUGCCGCCAUGCCGGUCGCCCCGUCCCUAACCUCGAAGCGCAGGAUUGACUUGGAUACCAGCGAACAGCCAGCCAAGGUACAGGCUGCUCAAGACGAUGUGCGUACGGAAUCCAAGCCCAGCCGCGCCUCUGGUGGAAGCAUCAAGCCGCUCGUGCUCAGCAACGGCGUCGGCUCGACGGAUCUGAACCUUGCCGCGCUCAGCUCUGCCAACAAGCGCCGCCUUUCUGACGUCGACGCCAAUUCCCGCUCGAACAGCAGCAUGUCGCGCAAAACAACUCCGCGACUGCCUCCCUCGACUGCCACGAGCAAGGCAGAGGCGCCCAAGGCCCAGGAGAGCCGUGCCGUAGGUGCCGCUCCCCCGCUUAUCUUUGUCAACGGCCCGACGACGUGCCUGACGAACACCACGCCGCUGGAGCGCAAUGCGCGCGACAGCAAUCCCACACCGUUUGGCCAGCCGUCCAUUAGCCUCACCACGUUCUUACCAAACAAACUCGGCGAGCAAAACCGGCCGCGCAAAGCCUCCAUUGGCCGCGAAACCGAGCCCAUCCUGAAGGAGAUCGAGACCGGAAAAGAAGCCCAAAAACGAGUUGCCCCUGCUGCGCUGCACAUGUCCGACUCUUAUGAGCGCAAGCGCGAAGAGGGAGAGACAAAACCCAAGCCCAAGGAGCGCCCAAAAUCCGUCGCGGUGCCUAUCUUGGCCGAGCCUCUUCCUUCUGUGCCGGGCAGGAUCUCCUUGGAUACCACUUUGGAAAAGCCACGGAUCCCUUCGCCGCAUACACCUGUGGCUCAAAAGCAGCGCGCCUCCUCAGGUGGCUUUUUCUCGCGGUUUGGUAAGGCGAAAGACAAGCGCGCCGUGCCUUGGUGGCGCCGACUCAGCGGGCAGCAUGCCCAGCCAGCGCCUUUGGCUACUGUGCACGAGACACCUCGUUCGCCCUCUGUCCUCCGCACCGACGAAGGGCGCAAAAUGUCGAAACAGCCGGUGCCCAAGGUCCAGUCACCUAUUACCAGCGUCUCCAAUGUCUCGUUUAACCCCGACGAGCGACGUGCAAGCACAACGGAGCGCAAUCGCGACGCGGAGCGCCGCUUUUCCUUGGCCGGCGAUGCACGCACCGCCGGCCGUCCCUUCUUUUCCGCCCUUGACGACCGCCGUUUGAAUGUACAUGUCGGCGCGGUCGACCAAGCGGCGCUUACAACGCGUUCUCCCGACGAUGUAAUGCAGGACGUGGUCGAGGUUCUGUACAGUAUGGGAAUCCAAAUGCGCCGUGUACAGGGCGCCGAAUUCCGUCUUGAGUGUGUGCGUAGGAAACGCCCCGGUGUUUUGCGUACCUUGCUUGGUGCUAACAAGCACGACGACCGCAAAUCGCGUCUUGGCAAGUCGCGUCCUACCAGCGUGAUUGAACCGCGCCCCUCCGCCAGUGGUGAUGGUGAGAUGGAGCACGGCAUGUCGCGUAUGAGCCUCGGGGGAAUGCCUUCGAGCGGCACAGGUCUCUCGCGCUUCUCGAUGGACGAGCCGGCAUUGGUUAGCCAUAAUGCGCCGUUAUAUGGCGACACGCAAGAAGACGGCGGCCAGGAAAUUCGCUUUUCUGUUGCGCUCACGCGCAUUUCUACAUUGCAUGGCCUGUACAGCUUGGAUAUUCGCCGUAUGAAGGGCAAUAUGUGGACGUACAAGUAUCUCUACCACGCGAUCCUUGCACGUAUCGAGCUUGGCGGUAGCGUGCCUAUGCGUAGGUAA